UUUUAGGCACAUGACUCUAUUUGGAAUUGUGUGGGUAACAGAUGAGUUUUUUCCUGUUACACUUCACUUGUACACUUCCCCGUGCAGCUGACCGGCGGGCUGCGCGCUCACAGAGAGCCCUGACCAGGAUGCGUGCCCUCGCGACGCCUAAGGUGUUCUGGAUGAGCCUUUUGUUCCUCACAGCAGUGCCGGCGGCCAGAGGCUCAAACGUGUGCACCUCCCGAGGAGCCAGCACAUGCAAGCAGUGUCUGGCCGUGCACCCCAGCUGUGCGUGGUGCUUUCAAGAGGACUUUGGCCAUGGAGUUGCGAGCUCAUCCAGAUGUGAUCUAAAGACAAACCUGAAGGCAGCCGGCUGUGCAGCUUUGGAGUUUCCAGAAAGCAAACUUCAGGUGAUCGAGGACCGACCUCUAAGCAACAAAGCAGCAGGGGCAACGCAAGACGUAACCCAGAUACAGCCCCAAAAACUACACAUCACCCUCAGGCCAGAUGAUGCGAAGCUGUUCACAGUGAAGGUACGGCAGGUGGAGGACUACCCUGUGGACCUUUAUUACCUCAUGGAUCUGUCCUACUCUAUGAACGAUGACCUCGUCCGUCUGAGGACUCUGGGCAAAGGCUUAGCCGAGGCUAUGAACCGCACCACCAGCAACCUGCGCAUGGGCUUCGGGGCUUUUGUGGACAAGCCGCUCUCGCCUUACAUGUACAUCUCACCCGAAGCAGCCGUGAGGAACCCCUGUUACAGCAUUAAUGUCACCUGCCUGCCUCAGUUUGGCUACAAGCACGUUCUUUCUUUGACGGAGGAAGUGAGCCGCUUCACAGAGGAGGUGAAGAAGCAGAUGGUGUCCAGGAACCGAGAUGCCCCAGAGGGAGGCUUUGAUGCCAUCAUCCAGGCUGCUGUGUGCAAGGAACAAAUUGGUUGGCGACCCGGUGCAUCCCACCUGCUGAUCUUCACUUCAGAUGCCAAAACUCAUGUAGCACUUGAUGGACGACUGGCUGGAAUUGUCCAGCCCAAUGAUGGACAGUGCCAUCUAAACUCCGAUAAUAUGUAUAGCAUGUCUACCACUAUGGAUUAUCCAUCACUUGCACUGAUCACAGAAAAGAUGUCAGAGAACAAUAUCAACCUCAUAUUUGCUGUCACCAAUCCUGUGGUUCCCCUCUAUCAGAAUUACAGUGAGCUGAUUCCAGGCACCACCGUGGGGACGCUGUCUAAUGACUCUGGAAACGUUAUUCAGCUCAUAUUGAAAGCCUACGCAAAAAUUCGCUCUAAGGUGGAGCUGGAGCUGCAAGGUGUCCCAGAGGAGUUGUCACUGUCCUUUAAUGCCACCUGUCUGAAUGGAGAGCUCAUCCCAGGCCUCAAAUCCUGCUCAGGACUUAAAAUAGGAGACACGGUCUCAUUCAGUGUGGAAGCACGCGCUCGUGGUUGUCCCAAACAAAAGAAGAAAACCUUCAUCAUCAAACCUGUUGGUUUCAAGGACUCCCUCUCCGUUUCCGUCACCUUUGAGUGUGACUGCAAGUGCCAGGCCCGGGCUCAGCCAAAUAGCCCCAAAUGCAGCCAUGGCAAUGGCACCUACGAGUGUGGCAUCUGCCAGUGCUACCCAGGGCGCCUGGGACCAUUCUGUGAAUGUGCAGAGGGUGACUAUAACCCCACAGAGCAGGAUCGCUGCAGUGGACCCGCUGGAUCCAGAGGACCUCAGUCUGCCAUCUGUAGUGGCCGAGGAGACUGCGUGUGUGGCCAGUGUGUGUGCCACAGUAGUGACUUUGGAAAGGUCUGGGGAAAGCUCUGUGAAUGUGAUGACUUCAACUGUUUGCGCUACAAAGGAGAACUAUGCUCAGGCCACGGCGUGUGUGACUGUGGCUUCUGCCAGUGUGCACCAGACUGGCAGGGAGAUAACUGCAAUUGCUCCAGACGCACGGACACCUGCAUGUCCACCCUGGGGCUGCUGUGCAGUGGCAGGGGUCAGUGCGUUUGUGGGGUUUGUGAGUGCACACAGCCGGGGGCCUACGGGGCCACGUGUGACAAAUGCCCAACCUGCCCGGAUGCGUGCACCAUGAAGAAGGAAUGUGUGGAGUGCAAACACUUCAAGAGGGGAAAGCUCUUUGACGACAACACCUGCACUCGAAUCUGCAAAGAUGAGAUUGUGCUUGUAGAUGAAAUCAUCCUCCAUGACACAAAUGCUGUGAACUGCACUUACAAAGAUGAGGAUGACUGUGUGGAGCGCUUUCAGUACUAUGAGGAUGCUACUGGGAAAUCCAUCCUCUUUGUUGUCAAAGAGCCAGACUGCCCCAAGGGUCCAGAUAUUUUGGUGGUGCUUUUGUCGGUGGCAGGAGCCAUCUUGUUCCUCGGCCUGGCUGCUUUGCUGAUCUGGAAACUGCUGGUUACCAUCCAUGACAGGCGGGAGUUUGCUAAGUUUGAGGAAGAGCGUGCUCGUGCCAAGUGGGACACAGGGCACAAUCCUCUCUACAAAGGAGCCACAUCCACCUUCACAAACAUUACAUACAGAGGAAAAGACUGAUGCUGCUGAACAAAGAUGAAGAAUAAAGAAUGGAAUAAUGCAACAAAUCAUGUGCAAGAUUCUACUGUCACAAGAAAACAGUUGAUAAUUGCGUGUAAAUAUGUAGAAAUUAUUCUGAGGGCACAAUUCAUCAGGGACAAGACCCUCAUCCACACUGAUAAAAUAUAAAUAAAUUGUUUUUCAGGAUUUACUGAUUUUUUUUGUUUGUUGCUGAAGUCAUAAUAAAGGUUUGAUUCCCUCAAACAGA